AUGCCGAUCUGGCAUGCCUUCGAGCGUGCACUUGUAAAUCGUUAUCGCGUUUCUUCUCACGCAGUUGUCAUUGGCACAUUAUCGGUAUCAGUGCCGUUGCAUAUGUUUCGGCUUUGGGCAUAUUUCUGCAUGAUGGCUCAGAUACCGCUCAGCAUACUGACUGAAAAAGUGCUGGAGGGUGGGCGACCAGGGAAUAUCGUUAUGUGGCUAUCACUAAUCCUAGGCCAACCGCUGGCUAUCUUAAUGUAUGUGCACGAUUGGUAUGUUACGCAUUAUCCACAUGCGCCACACUACGGCAGUGCUGCCGAAAAUUCUACCAUGCCAUAG